CCGAAUUCAAAGUAGGUCAAAAUGGCGGACGACCAGGAUCAGGUACCUUCAAACACAGUUGAAGAACCAUUAGAUUUAAUACGACUGAGUUUAGAUGAAAGAAUAUAUGUGAAAAUGAGAAAUGAUAGGGAGCUUAGAGGAAGGCUACAUGCAUACGACCAACAUCUAAAUAUGAUUCUUGGUGAUGUAGAAGAAACAGUUACUACAGUAGAAAUAGAUGAAGAAACAUAUGAAGAAAUUUAUAAGUCAACCAAACGGAAUAUCCCUAUGUUAUUUGUUAGAGGUGAUGGUGUUAUAUUGGUCUCGCCGCCACUCAGAGGAACGACCAUGUAAUAACUAUUCGUAUAUCGGCUUUUAAUUUAUCUUUCAUUUUCCAAACAAAGAUUUGUUUUUAUACUGUUAUGAAGUUAAAUUAUGAAGGAUAAUCAGUUCUUAGUUCAUCUGAUAGUAACAUAAUCCUGGACCAAAUGUAUGGCGAGUAUCAUGUUGAUCACCAGUGAUGUACGUUUGCCAUUUGGACUAAUGUUUUUUUUAUUAGGCAAGAUAACUAUUGCUUUCAACUGCAAUUCAUAAAUACUCAAACAGGGUAGUAUAAGAAGUAAAACCUUCAUACUCUGUAGGUUUGAAUAUAUGAGUAUUUCUUGCACUGUUUCUGUUGCGCAAGAUUUGUCAUCAAUAUACUGGUAUGCGAAGUCUUAUUUUAAGAUGUAUUAUUAUUCUAUGGUAUAAUUUUUAUGUAUAGCCAACUAGAGAACCACUGCAGUCUUCAUUUCUGAGAAAUAUGCAGUGCAAGAAAAAUGAAUCAUUAUCUUCAAUGGGUCUUGUGCAUGAUCCGUUACACAUCCAGGUAUUUUGGGGGUAUUUCUUGUGCAUGAUCCGUCACACAUCCAGGUAUUUUGGAGGUAUUUCUUGUGCAUGAUCCGUCACACAUCCAGGUAUUUUGGGGGUAUUUCUUGUGCAUGAUCCAUCACACAUCCAGGUAUUUUGGGGGUAUUUGGUAUUUUGGGGGUAUUUCUUGUGCAUGAUCCGUCACACAUCCAGGUAUUUUGGGGGUAUUUCUUGUGCAUGAUCCGUUACACAUCCAGGUAUUUUGGGGGUAUUGUUACUUACAAAUAUUGUAUAUCAAUUUUUGUCAUGUUUUUUAAACUGUUUGAAUGUCAGUAACAGCUUGCAUUUUUUGGGGAACAAAAUUUAGAAAUUCUCAUUUAUUGAAUUUGCACCCCCUCUCCCAGUAAGUACCAGGAUGUGUGACCUUGUGAGAGUCAUGCAUAAGGAUAAUUCAUUUUGUACAUGAACUUCACAACAGUGCUGUAAACCUAUAAGUUGUCCAAGUUUGAGAUUUUACCGCAUUGACUGCUGUAAGCCUCCACAGUAGUCAUGGAUAGCCUAUAUUUAUCCUAUAAAAAGCCUCUAGCAUGAAAUAUCUUUACACAGUACUCAGUAUUUUAUUUCCAGUGAAUUUGGUGCUUAUAUUUUCUGAUAUUCUAACUUUGUAAACUAGCUUUCAUCUGCAGAUUUGGAAACUUGAUGUACCGGUGAUUAUUUAAAGUAACUUUUUCUUAUAACUGUACAUGUGGUGACUCAUGAAAACAUGAAUGGUUGCUUAGCAACUAGGCUUCAAGAGUUGAUAAAAUAGCAUAUUUUCCAUCAAAAUAUUGACAAUACUAGAUUAUGUGUUGGCUUGGUCACAUUUCAAGGUUUUUUCUGAUGAUAAAAUAUUAAAUAUGAA